AUGCCGUCUACAACAGAAAUUGCGCAGCAAUUUGACUCAAUUGAGGAUACUAUUGCCGCUUUCAAGAAUGGCGAAUUCAUUAUUGUUCUCGAUUCGCAAGAUCGAGAGAACGAAGGAGAUCUGAUCAUUGCGGCUGAGUCUAUCACUGCCGCGCAGAUGGCCUUCCUCGUGCGAUAUACAAGUGGUUUGAUUUGCGCGCCUAUCCCUCCAGAUCUCGCAACUCGCCUCGCCUUGCCCCAAAUGGUUGCCGAGAACGCCGAUCCCAAGGGCACCGCCUACACUCUCACGAUCGAUGCCAGCGAUGACUCUGUGACAACGGGUAUUUCAGCCGAGGAUCGUGCGCUGACCUGUCGAACUCUUGCAUCCCCCGACGCCCAGGUCGACUCCUUCCGUCGACCCGGUCACAUCAUCCCAUUGCAAGCCCGUGCAGGCGGCGUACGUGAGCGCACAGGUCAUACCGAGGCUGCGGUGGAGUUCUGCCGCCUUGCGGGUAAGGCGCCCGUCGGUGUAAUCGCCGAGCUUGUCGAGGCAGGUGAGAUCGUCGAAGGUGUCCCCGAGAUUCGCGGCAACAACGGCAUGAUGAGGCGCGAUGGGUGCCUCCAGUUCGGUAAGAAAUGGGGCAUCAAGACGUGUACCAUCGAGGAUUUGGUGGAAUAUCUGGACCGGACCGAGGGCGUGAAGAAUGGAUACCAAUAG